AUGGUCGUAGGAGGAGAAGAGAGCUCAUUGACCCUGUGGUGCGUCUUCGAUUCAGUCUGCACGGCCGCAACCCUCCACCAUACAUCUGAAACCUCCUGGAGUUGCAAGGCAACGUAUUCUCCCGUCUUUGCAAUACGGUUGUGUGGACGCGUGAAACCCAACUUGGGAGAUCUUAUCCCAUAUUGUUUUGGGCAUAAGACUUUUAAGACCGGGCUGGAAUGGUUCUCCAUUUCCAUUCGUGUCAGCUGCGGCUUUGGCGAUGUUGCAGACGAGGUAGACGUGGUCGUUAACAUGUCCGCAACUGUUGCAGACCCGCUGAAUGUGGCACAUAUUUAUCUGUCUCAAAAGGAGUUGGUGCAUGCAGAAGCGUAUUAG